AUGGAGAACGUAUACAAAGCCGAUCCUACGCUACUGGUGAAGCCUGCCUACUAUUCCAAUGGAGUUCCGGUUUUCGAGCCGACCAUGGACGAAUUCAGAGAUUUUUAUCUGUACAAUAAGGCUAUCAAUCGGUAUGGCAUGCAAUCAGGGAUAGUGAAAGUUAUCCCACCUCCGGAGUGGGUUGCUCUGUUGAAAGGAACUUAUACUCAAGACAAUCUUCUGCAAGUGAAGAUCAGAAACCCUAUUGUGCAAAACAUCAAUGUCACUGCUGGUUACCUGGGAGUUUUCUCUCUGCAGAACGUGGAACGUCAAAGGAGUUAUAACAUAUUUCAAUGGAAGGAAUUGCUGACUAAACACAACCAUAGUCCUCCAGCUCGUCGCAAAAGUAGAGGACGGGGCAGCAGUCUGCCUCAAGCUGAGGAGAAAGAAGAAACUGUGGAGAAGGACCAAAGAGCGAAACGCUCGACUUGCAAGUCCUCCAAAGAAAUUGCUGAUGAACUUUUAGACGCUGACUUUAAUAUCGAUACCAAUGAGUUUACUCCAGAGAGAUGCAGUGAGCUCGAGGCGGUUUACUGGAAGUCAGUCGGGUACUCAGAGCCCAUGUAUGGUGCUGAUAUGUUGGGGUCUCUCUUUUUAGACAGAACAACCAGUUGGAACGUGGCACACCUUCCCAACGUCCUAGACUUGAUGGAAGAGAAGAUUCCGGGUGUUAACGAUGCCUACCUUUAUGCGGGUCUCUGGAAAGCCACAUUCUCGUGGCACUUGGAGGACCAAGACUUAUAUUCAAUCAACUACCUACAUUUCGGGGCUCCAAAGCAAUGGUACUCGAUCCCGCAGGAAGAGAGUGGGAAAUUCUAUAACCUUAUGAAGGAGAUAUUCAAUGAGGACUAUAAGAAUUGUCGUGAGUUCUUAAGACACAAGACAUUUAUGGCUUCACCGCAAUUUUUACAGAAGCAUGGCAUCACCUGCAACAGCAUUGUCCACAACCAGGGUGAGUUCAUGAUCACGUAUCCCUAUGGUUAUCACUCGGGCUACAAUUUAGGCUACAACCUCGCCGAAUCCGUCAAUUUCGCUUUAGACGACUGGUUCCCGUUUGCAGAAAAGACAAACAAGUGUGAGUGUAUUUCUGACUCUGUUGGAAUCAAUCACAAACAGAUAUACUGCAAGUUCAAGGGCAUUCCGUACGUUGCCGAAACUAAAACUCAGCCAGAGGAACCCCCUCAAAAGGUGAUGGAAACCCCAACGGCCAAGAAACCGUCGAUCCGCAAGCGUGAGAAGAAAGAGAACAUACAGAAUCAAUGCGCUCUCUGUCCAAACACGUUGCUGAAGGACUUACUAGAUUUCCAGCCUUUUGAACUCCUUGGAACUGAUGUGGAUGCUACAAAACCAAGUCAAGUGCAUCGCAUUUGCGCUGAGCAGUUCAAGGAUCAAAUAUCCAUUCAGGGAAAGAAAGCAAACGGACUCAAGUCUAUCAGCAAAGCACAGCGUGGACUCAAGUGUCAAGUUUGCCAUGUACCAAACUCAACACUGGGCACUGCCAUAGUGGGAGCCUGCUUUCAGUGUUCCCACAACAAAUGCACCAGGGCCUUCCAUGCUACUUGUGCUAUCUCAGGUGGUGUGAUGAUGGACUCGGGCCUCUGCAAAAUGCACAGAGUAACGAAAUCACCAUUUUAUGAUAGAGGUGCGCUGGAAGCCCAAGCAAAACUAGAGACUGUUCAAAAGGAUUCGAUUAUCCAAUUCACCUUCACCAAUCUCACGCGUCGUCGACACUCAGGGGAGGUUUACGCUGGACUAGUGCUUAGAAACAAUGUGAGAGAGUCUACCCUCGAGGUGCUCGUUUACCCCAAUUUAAAGGAUAAGGUGGAGAUUCAGUACGACGACAUACUUAUUGGAUCUCUGCAACACCUUGACAAUCAACAACUCAUGGCAAUGCAAAAGAGGAUUUCGAAGGGCAGAAGGGCUUCUGAGCCAACCGCACGAAAGAGAAAGAGAUCUCCAGAGCAUGACGCUACGGAUGAGCUGCUGGCCGGCCCGGUCUCUCCUCUGGAAGUGGAGCUCAAGAUGCCCCUCAAGCUUGGCAAAUUUCAACCACCUCUUUUCGAUGCCAUGUACCAAACACGGCUGCAAACUCAACCGCAGAUGGUGUUUAUCAACCAAACAGCGCUGAGGGUGCACAGCCGAUUCCCCGAACCUCAAGGCUUGAGAUUCGUGGAAGAAACAUUUAAUGACCAUUGA